AUGACUCGUUUCGGAAUUCCAAAGGCUAUCGUCUUUGAUAAUGGGCCUCAGUUUGAGAUGCCUAAGCUGAAAGAAUGGUUAGCAGACCAUGGCAUACGCAGCUGUUUUGCCUCCAUCGGACGUCCCCAAGCCAAUGGCCAGGUUGAGGCGUUCAACAAAAUAAUCUCUGAAGGGAUUAAAAAGAAGCUUGACGAAGCCAAGGGUCUGUGGGCUGAUGAGUUGCCAAAUGUCUUAUGGUCAAUCCGCACCACGGCUAAGAACUCCACCGGCGAAACCCCCUUCUUACUAGCUUUUGGUGCCGAGGCCGUCCUACCCAUAGAGAUGUGUGAACCGACUUUGAGGGUCAUGCUAUAUGACGAAAAUGGUAAUUGGGAAAUGAUGAAGGUGGCCUUGGAUUUCUUGCCUGAGGUUAGAGGAAAGCGGCACUAA